AGAAACGGCGUUGAAUCAUCACACCCGGCUCAUUUUAGCACCCUGCAGUAUAGUAUCGUACACCAUCGUCGUUUCCAUUUCGUUACACAGAACCCCCGCUCAUCUCUUCACAGUCACAGUGCAGGCGAUUGUUGCUUCUUACACAAGUUAACCAUCAACAUCUUUAGGGUUUGAUAUGGACGAUCACCGUCACUCUCUAACGCCUCAAAAGCGGCCAAAUGACGGUUACAUAUGGCGGUUUAACAAGCGAACGCCGGAUUCCGGCGGAGGAAGUAGCCGGAACGCUGUUUCCGGUGGUUCACGGAGGGUUUACAAGUUGAAAAUCCUGUUGCCGAACGGGAUGACGGUAUCGGUGAAGAUACCGGAAGGAACGGAGUCGAUUACUGUUAAGGAUUUGGCUAAUAGAGUGAAAGAGCAGUGUCAUAGAGCUAUACAAGCUGAAAAGACAUCUAACCCUAAGAAAAGUGUAAAGUGGGAUGCUGAUUUGUGCUUUAUUGAUGAUUAUGAUCGUGUUUUUAGAAAUUGUCUUAAGUUAACAAAAUUAGAGAUGAACAGAGUUUAUAAUCUCAGGCUUGAUGAUGGGUCUCCACCAGCAACAAUCUAUGAGAAUAUGUGGGAUUUAACACCUGAUACAGAGUUGCUAAUGGAAUUGCCUGAAGAGUACACUUUCGAAACUGCGCUGGCUGAUUUAAUUGACAAUUCCUUGCAAGCAGUGUGGGCGAAUGAUGAAAGUGACCUGAGGUUAAUAAGUGUCGAAAUUUCAAAUGAGAAGAUAUCAAUUUUUGACUCAGGCCCGGGUAUGGACUCUACGUCUAUAGAGAAGUGGGGGAAGAUGGGUGCUUCUCUACACCGGGCCUACAAAACACAAGCCAUUGGUGGUAAGCCUCCAUAUCUAAAGCCUGCCUUUGGCAUGUUUGGAUAUGGUGGCUUUAUUGCAUCAAUGCAUUUAGGAAGGCGCACAGAGGUUUCCUCAAAGACGAAAAGUGGUAAAAAAGUUUAUAUGUUACAUCUUGAGAGAGAUGCUCUUGUCAGUGGUUCUGUUUCUGGUUCAAAAGCAUGCUGGAGGACUUACGGUGGCCUUCGAGACCCCACAAAUGACGAACUUGAAUUAUCUCCCGGGGGAAGUUUUACAAAGGUUGAAAUUUUCGACCCAAAGAUGAGAAGCGAUAACAUAACGCGGCUCAAAUGCAAAUUAAAGGAUAUUUACUUCCCCUAUAUCCAGUGUGAUGACUUGUCCAAGAAAGGGAGAACUAUUAUGCCUAUUGAAUUUCAGGUUAAUGGAGACGACCUAGCUGAAAUUCCAGGUGGGGAGGUAGCUCUUACAAAUCUAGCUUCAUGCAAUGGUCCAGAAUUCGUGCUACAAAUUCGUUUUAAAUUGAAUCAUGACGAUGCUACUAUGACAAGUAGUCAAGGAACAAGAUCAUCUAAUGAGGCAAAUGCACGCCUUAGGUGUGUGUAUCUCCCUGUUAAAGAGGGUAAAGAAAGCAUUGAAAGUGUUACUAAAGCGCUGAGCAAAAUUGGAUAUGACCACAUCGAAGAAUUCAGAAGUUUUAGGCAUGUUUCUUGUAGACGAUUAGGUCGUCUACUACCAGAUGCUCGCUGGGCAUGGCUUCCAUUCAUGGAUUUCAGACAAAGAAAGACAGACAGAUCACAAGUCUUCGUAAAGAAAAGCUGCAUGAGAGUUAAAUGUUUUAUAGAGACGGACGCUGGUUUCAGCCCAACACCCUCUAAGACUGAUUUUGCGCAUCAAAACCCUUUUACUACUGCAUUGAGGAACCUGGGCAGUAAUCAAUCGUCGGAGAAAGAUUCGGGCGUAGACAUUGACAUUCGAAGAGACGGGAAAUCAUUGAACCUGACACAAUUGGAUAAGCAGUACCAAUUGUGGCUAAGGGAAAUGCAUGAAAGAUAUGACGAAGAAGACAAUUGCGGAAUUGAUGAACCUGUUCUUAUAGUAAACCCUUUAAACAAAAAGGCGCUUCAUAUAUCCAGAUCCAGUGAUGUUGUGAGGGUUCAUAAAGCUUUUAGGCGGAACGGAAAAUCUUGGAAAUCAGGGCAGAAAAUCAAAAUUCUCAAGGGGGCAUGUGCUGGAUUCCACAACCAGAAUGUCUAUGCUACAUUUGAAUGCAUUCUCCUUGAAGGAUUUAUAGAGGAUGCUGGCGGUGAUGCAUGGAUAAUAUGCAGGACUAUUGACAUCUCAGAAAAAGAUGGCUGUCUCCUUGAAUCUGUUGAAGGAAAUCCAAAAUUUGAUUUGAGAAAAUCUGUAUCAAUACCGAUAAAUGUCAUUGAUUCCGGAAAGUGUUUAGCGAUUGAAGAUUCUGAAUGGAAUAACCAAAUCGAGAAGCAACAGAAGAAUUGCCCUUCCUCAAUUGGGAUUUUAAAUACAAGGCAAUGUCGCAUGCUGGGAAUAGAAUCGUUAUUACCUGAUGAACCUGAAACUUAUGCAAAUGAUGUAUCACCCAGUGAAAUCGUUGCUGUGGUCCGUCCUGCUACUUAUAAAUCUGAGACUCCCUCCAAACAUUUGGAUCAGAAAUAUAUGAUGAAAGAUAACUUUGAGAUGUCACUAGUCAUUACAUAUUCUAGAAACAAUAAACCUCAGGACGAAAAGAAUAUCUACUCUGGACGUGUAGGACCUACAUCAAUAAAAGACUUUCAUGGUUUGUAUGUGUUCAAACCAAGAAGCAAGUCACAUCCUCUGUUUCAGAAAGCUGGCGUUUAUACAUUCGCCUUUUCUAUUAGAAAUUCAAGUUGUGAGAAACGUGUUGUGAAGGUCCAAGUGAAAGCAUCACGUGAUGUUUACAAAUGGGCACUUGCCAAGAAGAUUUCUCGUCAUAAUUUAAUGGUGGGUUGUCCAUGCAAGCCCAUUUCUGUGUCCAUGUUUGAUAAAUACGAUAAUCAAAUUCCGUUCUUGAAACUUCCGGAUAUAUCCAUCAAGAUCAACUGCCCGAAUGAUACUAGGGUUCAUAUUAGUGAGUACAGCCCAUCUAUAUCAAUAGAUAAGUUAGGCCUAGUAAUCGAGGAUUUGGUUAUUGAGAGCUCCGAUUUGGACAACAUUGGGCCAAGUUAUGAUGCCACUAUGGUGUUAUCUCUGUCUGACAACUCACACUUAGAUAUCCCCAUCAAAGUUCUUCCUGGAUCCGUACAGCAUUUUACAGUGCAACCAGAAAACUUUGAGAAGCAAUUGAUUCCAGGCACUGUAGUUAAGGAUCUGAAUUUGGAGUUAUUUGAUGCAUACGGGAAUCAUGUACAAGAAAAUGAAAAGGUGGAGUUUAGAGUGGAAGGAUUUUGUUGGUUGGACAGUUCUUUUUCCAGUAAGAAGGUAGAUGCUUGUGGGUGCAUUGCUCUCAGUGGCCUGUUAAGAGUUACUGAAGGCUUUGGAAGACGCGUAUCGCUGUCUAUUUGUUCAAAUGAGAAAACAACUAUUAGCAAGGAGUGGCAGGUCGAGAAAAGGCGUCUGAGGAUCUUGUCAGAGAUGCCCGAAAGCUGUUUUGCUGGUUCCCAACUUGAACACCUGGUGUUUGAAGUUGUGAAUUCCAAGGGUGAAGUGGAUGUAAACUUUCAUGAUGAAGAUGAGAUUCGACAAUCACAUACUCUUGUGAUUAAAUCACAGUUUACGGAUAUCAGUGAAUCUGUCAAGUAUGUUUUUCGUGAAGGCCGCUGCAUAAUUCCUGCAGUUCCUGUUCCUUCAAAGAAUGGGGAGUUUACUUUUGUGGUUGCUCAUUCUCGUUACCCCGACCUACAAUUAACACUUAAGGUUCUCGUUGAACUUCCUUUGGAGAUGGAGCCUCUGAAUAUAGGACCCAACAAUGCCAUCUCACUUAUGGAAUCUCAGACACCUAUUAAUUUUAAGAGUCCCCAGCAAUGUACUCCAGAGACAAUGGAUAUAUGUCAUGCUACGGCUAGGGUACAAGAAAUGGACAUGGAAUCUUGUCUGGAAUUUCGAAAGGACCUUGAGGACGACAUUAUUGCAAUCGGUUCAAGGAUUGGGAAAGUUGAAGCAGAAAUUAAAUGGCUCGAAGAUGAGCAAAGACAAAUUGAGGUCAGCUUGUCAGAACUUGAAGGUAUCAGGAAUCAAAUUCUUAGUAUUGACACAUAUGGUUCACUGGGGAAAAAUAAUAUAAUAGCACGGGUUGAAUCUAAGGCUAAUUGUGCUGCUUCCCUAGUCAUGAAACACUUGAAAGCAAUGCGAGUCCAAGAUCUGUGUGGUUUGAUGGGAAACAUCAUUGGCAUUGUUGCACUUCUAGGAACAGCUCCCACUUUUGAGCUUAGCAGGCUAUUUGCUGAGUAUCUUGGAGAUCAAAUGCUUGCAGUGGUAUGCAAACAUUACGAGGACGUACGCUUACUUGAGAGCUAUCAGAAGAAUGGAAAGUUAAAUCCAGAUUUUGCACUUCACAUGUUUGCAAAAGAACUUGGACAGUCGAUAGAUGGUCGCUACCUUGUUCUAUGCAUUGAAGACAUCAGGGCAUGUGAAGUGGAUAAAGAUGUUGAAGGAAAGCUUUUGUUUCCUGAUCCUACACUUCCUGAUGGAUCCAGACCAGCAGGCUUUUUGGGCUAUGCGGUAAAUAUGAUAAACAUAGAGGCUGAUCACUCAGACACCAAAACAGACUCUGGUUGUGGCCUUCGAGAGACUUUAUUUUAUCGUCUUUUUGGUGACACACAAGUUUAUGAAACCAGAGAUGACAUGAAACGUGCAAUUUCCUGCAUAAAAGAUGGUGCAGUUUCAAUGGAUGGUGGGAUUUUGAGAGGCAAUGGAGCUGUGUCUCUAGGAUGCUUGGAACCCGACGUUAUAUUCCCUGUAGUACCUGCAACAAAUCAAAUCUCUGAGAAAGACACGCAAGUUCUGAAACGUUAUAGGGAACUGAAAUCGAAACUGAAAGAGACGGUUGCUAAAUUGGUUAAAAAAAGGAAAUCUCGCGAGAGUGAUUUGAAAAGGUUCUAUGAGAGACGCGAUUUAUAUGCCAAGUACUUUACUCGAGACCCGUCUGUGAGCUCCAACUCUACUCCCAGUUAUGAUAUGCAUCCCUGAAACAUGUAAAUGCAAAUUUUUAGACACAUGUUAGGUUUCCUAACCAACUUUUGAAGCAUUUAGCAGACUCUAUAUUUUUUAGUACAUGGUAGAUUAAAUCGCUUGUUCAAUGUAUAUAUGUUAUGUUUUCUUAUCC